UAUCCCCAUUUCCAGCGUUCAAUAAGACCCUUGAUUACUUGUAACCUUAGACCUGUACAUGUGCAUGAUUGUAUCAUGCCGCGUAUUUCGACAUACCGUGAGUAGGCACGAUUAAUAAACCGUGCGCUUCUCCUCUCCUCAUCUGCGAGUCGCUCGAAUAACUCAUCGAUUGCCGAGGAUCCCAAUGAACUCGCCUUGUUACGACUUGAUCUGCGCUGGUCAAAGUUCUCAAGGCGUUCAACAUUGUGUUGCGUGCCACAAUGUGCUUACGGUCGACAACAAGCAACCUUUCUGCAGUGAUCACUGCGAUGCAAUUUCGAAAGACAUUUGCUCCAUCAUCGACCAAUGUUCCCCGCAACAAAACAGGGCAAUGUGUGUGUCACAGCUGCAAGCCGUUGGAGCGCAAGAAGCUGCGAAUGUCUUACAGAAUUUGCUUGAGAUACCAGCCAAAGGACACUACCGGCGGUUCAUCCGUCCAGUUUUGACUAUGCUAGCAAAGGAGACUGAUAAGAUACCAUCGAAGUUAUUCAUCACAUCAGUAGAGGCUGACGAGUGGAAUGAAAGUAACAUAAUAAUGGGAGGGUUCGGAGUAGUUCAUUCAGGCCUCUACAAGGGCCAGCCUGUAGCUCUCAAAUGGGUGCGUGUCACCUCCAGGGGGGACAAGAGAGCGAAGAUUCAAUUAGAGAAGUCGUUAUAUCGCGAGGCCCUUACAUGGUUGAAUCUCAGACACCAGUAUAUUCUUCCCUGCCUUGGGAUCAGUCGGGAGACCAAGCCAAGCAAUUGCAUCGUCUCGCCUUGGAUGGCCGGAGGCGAUCUUCGCACUUUUAUAACGGGAGACUGUGAUCUCACUGUGAUUAAGAUGCUCAUAUCAUCAUGGCUCCGCCAGAUUGCCAUAGGAGUACUGUACUUGCACAUGGAAAACAUUGCUCAUGGAGAUCUUCGUUGUGUAAAUGUUCUGCUUGACCCGAAGAACUCGACGAUUUGCGUUGCCGACUUCGGUCUUGCUGUCUUCGCCGAUAAUAUCAGCCAAGCCAAUGAUUCUGAACGUGGCGGCAAUCCAAAUUGGCUUGCUCCGGAACUCAAUCCUAGCCUUGGUGGAUUGAAUUCAUCCACACGUCCAACCUAUCAGGGUGAUAUCUACUCCUACGGCUGUGUUAUCAUAGAGCUGUUCACACAAGCGAACCCGUCGUUGUUGAUCAGCAUCGCUGUUUACAACGAGAAACCUCUUGAUAAAGAGGAAAUUUGUGGUCGCACAUCCAUCCCGAUACCGGACGGCUUUUGGAGUCUUGCUAAGGCAUGCUGGUUUAAAGAACCAUCUCAACGGCAUCCUAUGCUGCUCCUUGUGCAAACACUUGAUCAGAUAGGAACUCAAAAUUUGCAAGAUUUUAGCAUUGGAUCUGAACAUGCUGCAACCAUAUACCUGGAAGAUACGGCCGCCCCAUCCGAUGAAGCUAUCUUCAACAUUCGUGUUUAUUUAGGCAAACUGCCUACACAAGUUGGAUCCCUACAAGUGGAUGAAUUGAAACUCUAUUGGCACGUCACUCAAGAGAUGCAUAGAUAUAUCUUCUUGAAGGCAUAUGCCCUUGCCGAAGACAUCAACCUCAUCAUAGCAGCUUUUAGAACGCUCCUCGAACUCACUCCGGGCCUUCUUGAGACAGAGUUUUGGUUAAAAACUCUACAUAGGGAGAUCAUUUGGCACCGAAAGCUCGUCCAGAGAGAGCGAGACCGCUGUGUAGCUUGGACCGAGAUUUGGCUUGGACCUACCAAACGCAAUUAUCCGAGUCCUCGAAACCAUGAGGAUAGUCUUGUCAAAAUAAGAUUGAGAAAGAUUAUUUUGACGGUCCAGGCAUUGGUCCGUUUCCGUCAACGCAAACCCGCCAAACCCUCAACCCCAACGGUCAGCGGUCCUGUCAUAAUAGACCUGGAAACUACACCGCCCGAGGGGAGCUUUGGACAUUUUGACAGAAAAUGGCGCGCCGCUGCGUCGUUUUGGAAGGAAGUUUCUGAUGUCCUGGAGCACGUUCUCGCCAGUCUCGAUGAUGCACUAGCAUUCAGUGCCGAUUUAGAUUUAUCGCCCGACGGAGGCUUUGUGGAUGAUCUACAGCCGAUCCUCGGUACCUAUGCCCCUUUGCUAGUCGUAUUGAAACGAUAUUGUGACAGAGUACGGCACUAGUCCAGGCCACAGCCUAAUAUCUAAGAGAGUGUAUUGUUGUGUACUGUAUGAGAGAGUAAACUCAAGCCGUGACUAGUUAGGUGAAACCUGGGUCUCAAUGAUUCGUAAGAAUGGAAUGGUGGUAUCGCGAUAGUGGGCCGGUGCUAUAAGCUGCAUCGUGCAUAUUAUAAGGAUAAGAACUGCGUAGUGAUCAAAUCCGUACUACGCACCAGAUUUGGUCGAGUCGUCUUCGUAACCCAUUCGAUUUCUUUCACCGUGCACGUCUUGAUCUAAAGCUCAGUGAGAGACGAUAGAGGGAUAGCCAUAUAACAUGUCCCAUACAUAUUGCAAGAUGGCGUUUAUCGCAUCUAGGUUCUCUUGGACAUUGUGUAGAGACUUUGAUACUGGGGAACUGUCGAUUGGAAGGCUUGC